AGCUGACUCCCGCAAACCAAGUCUCGCCCAGAAGCGGUGCCACUUUCGCGACAUGCUGCGCAUCCUGGGCCUUGCUGCGCUGAGCCCCGCGCUUGGGGAGGAGUUUCUGAGCAAGAAGAGCGCAGGCACCUCAGCCAGGUGCUUGCUGCGGGGCUGGGCGGAUGACUCGCAGUGCGAGGAGAUGGUGAAGAUUGCGCAGGACUGUUUCUCAUGGAACCCCAUCGACACCUCCAACGUGGGCAGCUUGCAGGGAUCCCUGGGCGAUGCCCAGGGAUCCCUGGGCGAUGCCACGGAGUGUGUGCUCUACAACCUGAAGCUGAAGUGGAACUGGGCACCCGAGCUGUCAGGUUCUGGCUCCAACACCGGUGGCCCUUACGACGUGUAUGGCCAGGGCAACAGCAUCAUCGGGGUUGACACGCCCUCGGGCAAGUGGCAGUUCAUUCUGCACAAGGGCGAGGGCCAGGGCGGGGAUCACGGCAGUUCCGGGACGGCGACGGCGCAGAGCUUGCACCGGGGUGACGCCACUCCGGCACAAGAGAAGGACCUGCUGAAAUUCACCGAGCGCUGCUUCAGCAAGCACAACGUGGACACCUCCAACUUGGGUGCCCUGCAGGGAUCCCUGGGCUCUGCCAUUGGCUGUGUUCUGUCGAAGUGCGAGAAGAAGUGGGGCUGGAAACCGACGCUUUCCCAGUCUGGCUCCAACACUGGUGCGGGCUAUGAUGGCUUUGGGCUCGGGGCUACCGUCAUCGGUGCAGAGACCAGCACCGGCAAGUGGCAGUUCGUUGUCCACUUGAAGUUCUAGACACAGAUCUUGCUGGAUGCUUUUGAGCAGGCACAAGCAGACGCGCUUGAUAGACGACGUUUGCAACGUGCCUGCAUGCAUUGAAUGCAUGCUUGCAUGCAUGCUUGCGUCGGCGUGCGGCCAUCUGCUUUUUGAACCCAUAGGGGCUUCGGAGAGGGAUUUGGCACGUCAUAGGAUUUUGCCUGGAGCGUUUCCUGGGCUUUUCAGAUUUUGGCAUUGGCCAUGUGGUGCCUGGGCCACCGUCAUGCACACGCCAACGGCAACAGACCUGCGGCUUUUAAUGACUCAUAGUGGGCUCUACGCAGCCCCAGUUAGGCCUAACAAGCAAGACCGGUGCAAAGCUCUUAGCGUGCAGAUCAAAG